AGUUUGCAACAGCUGGUUGUCACGUUCCUGAUGAUGGACAGCAACAACGUCACUUUCAUCCCCCUAUCGGCCAUAUUUCUACAGAGCCCGAGGCUAUCAUCUUCCCGACCUAUAGUGCCUCCUGUGGCGGCUGUACAUACUUGUUUCCCCGUUCUUGUAUAGAUAAAAUUCAGAUUCAAUCUGAUACUCAUCCGCCCUACCACUUCUCAAUGCAGAGGCAAUUCCAGCCCUUUUACCGUUAAUUUCUGAUGGCGCGUCCAGACAGGCGCGUCAGUUUAGCGGUAGCUAGGAUCAUACCUCUGGUGCUGCUCUGUACUGUCGUUUAUGCCUCCUACGUGAUUACCAAACCACUAUGCAUCGACUACCUUAUUACCCCUCUACCUAAAUAUAAUCGCAGUUCUAGAGUUGGCGCUGGCAUCGCCAUAAUUGUUGUAUAUUACGUUUUGCUCACACCGGUGGUUCUUACAUAUCUUCGACUAUUGUACAAUGUCAUUUGGAACCCCGGCUUCCUCCCGCGAGGUUCUUCAUAUCUUCCUGAUCAACAAGAUACCGAGGCGCUGAACACCCAUCAUCGAGACAGUAAACGAAGGAGGAAAAGCCAUCGAAAGCCAGGGACAGCUGAGAAAUCAGACACAUCAGCUGAGGUAGACCUCGAAAGGGGCGUCGAUCACAACGCUGGAGGAAAGGCGUUCCCCCUGAAUGCAGAAGGGUUAGAGAACUUUUAUACGAAUGACGUCUUUAUCUGCCAACCAGAUGGAAGGCCUAUAUAUUGUUCCACUUGUUGUCAGUACAAAACAGACAGGGCACACCAUUGCCGGGAAGUAGACCGGUGUGUUCGUAAGAUGGACCACUUCUGUCCUUGGGUAGGGGGUGUGGUCUCGGAAACCUCAUUUAAAUUCUUCAUUCAGUUUGUGUUUUACACAUUUGUCUUUUGCACAUUCACUCUAAUUGUUUGUGCGAUCUUCACCGCUGAACUCCGACGAGAGACGGGUGAGGUCAAUCCUCACUGGGCUGUUGGUAUCGGAUUGAGUUGCCUUUUCGGAAUCUUCACACUUGGAAUGACGCUUAGCUCUGUGCAACUUGCGAUGUAUAAUUUGACGACAAUCGAAAAUCUGAAUCGUCGGUCGGCAGUCUGGACAAUAGCUAUACGUGUGCCUAAGCAUAUGCUUUCUAAGCUCGACCCCGAGUCCCGAUGGGCACCCACAUUUCGUACAAUAACUUAUCCUUUACCGCCGAUGCCUCUAACUACUGAGACUACAGCAGAGCAUCAACAAUACCCACCCACAGGGGAACAGCAUGUGUUUGCGAUUCUCCAGACACUCCCAGGCGAAAAUCCUUUUGACCUGGGUACUUCUUUCAAAAACCUCCAACAAGUUUUGGGUUACUCUAUACUUGACUGGUUGCUUCCCCUCAAGCAAAGUCCAUGUGCGGAUCACAGUAGUCUAGAAAGCGCUUUCGCGCUCGGGCCCGUGGUACAGAGAUUGAAGGCUGAGGCUGGCCUUGAACAUCCUGUCACGACAAAUGGCGAAUCCACGGAUCGGUCAUCGAAGCGUAAACGGAGACGAAGCAGAGCUGAGCAACGCAGUUGAGAUACAAUUUUGGCUAAUAAUACUGGGAACAUUGCGGCGGUAUACCAUCAUCAUUAUCAUCAUCAUUAUGCGGGAGUUUUGGUCGUUCUGGAAAAUGCUGCAUCCUCGUUCAACCCUUAGACGAUUUUUCUUUUUCUUCUUCUUUCGUUCCCUUGGAAAUAUUGGUAACGGAGCACUGGUCUGCUUGGACACAAAGCUAUCACGUCGCAUACAUACAUACAUAUUAAUAAGAGUGAAAAAUAUCUUUCAGUUUAGGCCUACUGUGGAAAGGCGUUCUACAUCCCCAGGACUGUAGAUCUCAACUAGGUUGUCUUCCACUUUAGUUCAGAGCUGAGGGGUAAACGUGAUGGAAGCUAUACCUAACAUCUAUAUACUCCGUUCCUCAUCUAAGGCUUGUAUCUUUCUGUAUACUUUGCUAUUCUGGUCGGUUGAAA